AUGCCGAAGAACAUUCAGAAAUCCCUUAGUGACUACCUCUCCAAGAUCAAAAACCCUCGCUCACAAAUCCAUUUACCCUCUAUGAAAUGGAUCCUCAGAGGCUGCAAACAUCUCAGCACUCCUUCUUUCUCCAUGGAUGAUAAGAGAAACAAAAAGAAUGACAAUGAAGCCACUCUAGAUGACAUUGACCGUUUUCUCUUUGAGAAUUUCAGGUCUCUAUUCCUCGGAGACGGUGAAGAAAUCAACAACGAAAAAAAUGCCCACAAACCCCAUGGAAAAUCGCCAAUGCCAAGUCCGACGUCCUUUGAUUCAUUUGAAGAAUCAUCACCAGAUCUCGGAGGCUCUAAAAGGUUCUUUGUGACCCGUGGCUUCUCAGGGUCGAGCAGCUCAGCUGCGACACCAGCACAGAACGGCGAAUAUUCAUGUUCAAAGGAGACAACCACAUUGCUCAAUACCUGUGUGGCGGUGUUGGUGCCAUGCACAAAGAGCCCCUACGAGGAAUUCAAGAGAUCGAUGGAAGGUGUGGUGGGAGCGAGGCUGAGGAACGAUGAGAAGGUGGACUGGGAUUUCAUGGAAGAGCUUUUGUUCUCUUACAUGAACAUGAAUGAGAAGAAGGCACACAAGUUCAUUCUCGCUGCUUAUGUGGAUGUGAUCAGCCUCAUGCGCAAUCCUCUGCAGCCUGCUCCAGCGAAGAGUGUGAGGACUAUGAGGAUCGGCAUGGAGAUAAGGAAGAAGCUUGAAGGAGUGAAAUUGGAUUGA